GCUGAAGGAGGAAGUGUCAGGGAGAGUGAGGGAAAUCGGAGUACCCAGGAGACGCAGGAGCUGAGCAUGUACCUGUGUUCGCAGACAGGCUCCACCAAGGAAGGCAGAGGGGUGUGAGAAGAUGCACCUGGCGGUGCUGGUCCUCGUCCUCUCCUGGAUCUCAGGCUGCUCCACUGCUCAGGAUGCAAUCACAGGUCCAAACAUGGUAAAUGGUCAUGAGCAGGGCUCCUUGACUGUGCAGUGCCGUUAUGACUCCCACUGGAAGAAUUACAAGAAGUACUGGUGCCGAGGAGCUGUUUGGAAAACAUGUGAGAUUCUGGUUAAAACGGAUAUGGAGCAGUUGGUGAAGAAGGACCGAGUGUCCAUCAGGGAUAACCAGACAGACUUCAUCGUCACAGUGACCAUGGAGGAGCUGAGGAUAAGUGAUGCUGGCAUUUACUGGUGUGCAAUUGAGAGAAAUGUAUUUGAUCCCAAAUUUCAAGUUAAUGUGAACAUUGGCCCAGCACCCACUACAGCAUUGACCACGCUUCCCACCACCUCCACCACCACCAUGUUCACAGAGACCGUUGCUACGAACACCACCAUGUUCUCAAUGAUGACCAGCUACUACUCUGAUGGCAGUCCUGUCGGUGACAGCGGUGACAGCGGUGACAGCGGUGACAGCGGUGACGGCGGAGGUGGUGAUGUUCUGAGUCUCAGUGUGCUCCUCCCGGUCAUCUCUGCGGUGCUGUUGCUUCUCCUGCUGGUGACCUCGCUCUUUGCUUGGAGGAUGAUGAGGAGACAGAAGAAAGCUGCUGGGCCACACCCAGAGCAGGUAUCGCAGUCUCUGGAGGGUGACCUCUGUUAUGCAAACCUGUCCCCUCAGCAGCCCAGACCCUCCUCUCAGAAAAACGGUUCCUACAUGACCUCCUCUGGCAAGGCCUACCAAGAGGAAGUGGAAUAUGUCACCAUGGCUCCCUUUCCCAGGGAGGAGAUUUCAUACGCAGCUCUGUCUCUGGUGGCCUUGGGUCAGGAGCCCAUUUACAACAACACUGGCUCCCAUGUCACCCGCCUUCCCAGCUCGAGCCUUGAGGAGUCCACGCAAUAUAGCAGCAUCAAGAGGCCGUAGCCCGUGGCCAUGCCUUGAUCUUGGACCCUGAAGAAGGCCUGGGAGCAGGUCCCAGCACAUCUGCCUCCGUACCUGCUUCCUUACCAGGCCGAAUGGGUGGCCUGGACUCCGUUCAUUCAGCCCUCACGGCCAUUAGCUCUACCUCGAGCUUGGAGCCCAGGCUCGGGACUCCAGGGAAUUCAGUGUCUUUCUCCAUCUCCUCUUACAGUCAAGAUACCUUGGAGAGAGAGAGAGAGAGAGAGAGAGAGAGAGAGAGAGAGAGAGAGAGAGAGAGAGAGAGAGAGAGAUGCAUGGUGGGAACAGAACAGAAGGGAUGCAGGAAGAACCAAGAGCCAAGGAAGGCAAAUAUCAAAUUGUCUCUUGGGUGAGACCUCCAAGAGGAGUUAGGCCUGAGCUGAGUUUGGAAUUGCCUGUACUGCUGGUUUUCAGAAAUGUAAAAUA